CAAAGACCCAAUUGGUUGAUUCAAUUUUCAUUAACAUGACCACCUUACCAUUUACCGACACUUUUCUUCCUUCACCAAACAAAACACACAUUUUCAAUAAACCCAUGCUUUCUUUUUCUCUCUCUAUCUCUCUUCCCCAACUUUUCUCUCUCUAAAAGACUUUUGCAGGAGAGGUAGAAGAGUUGUACACGAGUGGAAAACAAGAAGGAAGAAGCAGCAGCAGCAGCAGCCGCCCUGUGGGGGAAGUUCUUGUGAUUUGAGUAUUUUUCGGUCUCUGUUUGCCGAGGAAUAGCUAGUCUGAGAACUUGGGAUUUGUAGGUUUUGAAGUUCUUGCUAAUUUAAGGUUAACCCAGAGUUCGCUGCACGGGAAGAUGAUGAUGUUUGAUGAAAUGGGUUUUUGUGGUGAUGAUUACUUUUCUGCUCCCGUUGGGGAAGGAGAUGUGGUCGCAUCGCUAACUGAACCGGAGGCAGUUGUUGAGGAUGAUUACACAGAUGAAGAGCUUGAUGUGGAUGAGCUUGAGAGGAGGAUGUGGAGGGAUAAGAUGCGAUUGAAGCGGCUCAAGGAAAUGAAAAAGGGUAAGGAAGGAAUCGAUGCUGCAAAGCAACAGCAAUCGCAAGAACAGGCGAGGAGGAAGAAGAUGUCGAGGGCACAAGAUGGUAUUCUGAAAUACAUGUUGAAGAUGAUGGAAGUUUGUAAAGCUCAAGGCUUCGUUUAUGGGAUUAUUCCAGAGAAGGGAAAGCCUGUGAGCGGUGCGUCUGACAAUCUCAGAGAGUGGUGGAAGGACAAAGUGAGGUUUGAUCGUAAUGGUCCAGCUGCCAUAGCGAAAUACCAAGCGGAUCAUUUAAUACCUGGCAAGAAUGAGGGCUGCAACCCAGUUGGUCCUACCCCCCACACCUUGCAAGAGCUUCAAGACACGACCCUUGGUUCUCUAUUAUCAGCCCUGAUGCAGCACUGUGAUCCCCCACAGAGGCGGUUCCCCUUAGAGAAAGGUGUUCCGCCACCAUGGUGGCCUACUGGGAACGAAGAAUGGUGGCCUGAAUUGGGUUUACAGAUGAAUCAAGGCCCUCCGCCUUACAAGAAGCCCCAUGAUUUAAAGAAGGCGUGGAAGGUGGGUGUUCUUACAGCAGUGAUUAAGCAUAUGUCACCUGAUAUUGCCAAGAUUCGUAAGCUUGUACGGCAGUCCAAGUGCUUGCAAGACAAGAUGACUGCUAAGGAGAGUGCGACUUGGCUUGCCAUCAUCAACCAGGAGGAAGCUGUGGCCCGAGAACUUUACCCUGACCGUUGUCCCCCCCUGUCCUCGGCUGGUGGGAGUGGGUCUUUUGUCAAUACUGACAGCAGUGAGUAUGAUGUUGAAGGGGCUGAUGAUGAACCUAACUUCGACAUGCUGGAGCAGAAACCCAACAAUCUCAAUCUGUUUAAUAUGGGGAUGGAGAGAUUUAAAGAUGGACUACCAGUUCAGCAACUCUCUCAUCUGAUGAAGGAUGAAGUCACAACCAACUUGGAUUUCUCCAGGAAGAGGAAGCCAGCCAAUGAAUUGAAGAUAAUGACGGAUCAGAAAGUCUAUACCUGUGAGUGUCUCCAAUGCCCUCAUAGUGCAAUCAGCCAAGGUUUUCAUGACAGGUCUACAAGAGACAAUCAUCAAUUAACUUGCCCAUAUAGAAGCAACUUUUCAGAGUUUGGAGCUUCAAACUUUCAUAUUAAUGAAGUGAAACCUGUCGUCUUCCCUCCAACCUAUGUCCAACCCAAGCAACCAGCUGCUCCAGUGGCCAGUUCAGUUGCACCUUCCUUUAAUCUAUCAGGACUUGGAGUUCCAGAAGACGGGCAGAAAAUGAUCAGUGAUCUUAUGUCCUUUUACGAUGCGAAUAUUCAAGGAAGCAAGAACUCGAAUCCGGGGAACAUUGUAGCUGCCAGAGAUCAGACUCUCACACAAUCAAAUAUUCAGUGUGAACAGGACAGCUACCUUCAUGGCCAAGGAGGGGUUGAGAUGGAAGGUAAUAUCUUCGAAUCCAUUAAUCGCUCCAUGUUCUCACAAGGGGAAGACAGGUUUGACCAGUGCAGGGGUUUGAAUUCCCCAUUUGAGGCCAGCCAUAAUGAAAACUUCCAGUUGAUUUUUGGGUCUCCCUUCAAUAUUCCAUCUGUGGAUUAUACCGAGGGUAUACCCGGAGUUGCAAGGGAUGUCCUCUCGAAACCGGACAUUUCGAUUUGGUACUGAUGAGAAGAUUGCUGAUCUGAAUUUCAACUUCAUAUUCUAAAUGGGGAGACAACUACAUACUAAGAGAUCUGCCCUGGUCAGGUGAAAACUCUAUUAGCUAGUAGUAUUGUAGUAGUUGAUCUUUUUUACGAAAUUUAGAAGGGCUAGCAGCUUCAGGCAUAAUGUAAUAAACGAUUGGGGCUGGUCCCGUACGCUACUAUGUUGUUAAAUUAUAGACUUUUAGUUGUUAUAUAAAUAAUAUAGUUGGAUUGUCAUCUAUAAUUAAGUUCAA